GCAAGCGCCAGUUGCUGCUGGAUGCCAAGAUGGCAGCAGCCAAGACCGAGUCCACGUCACAGGGCAAGCCAAAGCUCCAGGAGCGGCGCCCGGGCUUCCGGUCCGAGCCGCUGACGCUUCAGCCGGGCCUCAAGUUCUACUCUCCGCCGGUAGAGGAAAUUCCCGACGUUCCUGACCCAGAAAGUCGCAGACACCGGCUGGCAAAGAGCGGCAAG